AUGGGUACUUCGAACCGCCGUUCCAAUGAAUCAAAGUAUGGACCAUACCAUAUCCGAGUCGUCCUUAUCAUUUUUUCUCUCAGUGCUAUGGCCUUCGGUUUGGGCGUCAGUAUCACCGCACCCGAGCAGCUUCCGAACAGUCUCGUAUUCACGGCAUUCCACUUCUGUGUUGCAUUUGGAGCCUAUUCAUACAACAAGAUGCUUCUCGGUAUCUCUCAGAAGGUAUGUGGCCUGGCUGUGAUUCUAUUGAUACUCAGUCUGUUGGGAUAUCCCUUGAUUAAAUCCUGUUAUAAAGCAUCCGGAUUGUACGGUAUGGCAGUAAAGAGGACUGGAAAAAUGAAUGAAACGAAGGCUUUCGAAUAUGACCUGAAUUAUUUCAUGAAUGUUCCAACGAAAUACAAAAACGAGGCAGGAAUUAAGGAAGCUGUGCACAACUUCAAUUUCGGAUUGUUGGAUGGAUUCUUGUUAGAAUUCCUCAUACUAAGUUAUACUGCUGGAACCUAUGUGUACUACGUCAUGAUCAAACGUCUCCGGGAACAAGUCUGCAGAAUGCAGAUGACCGUGAUUUCCCCCAGAAUGGCAAAGCCCAAUCCAACAAUUCAUUUGAAUGAGCCACACCUCGGAUGCAUUCCCAUCCGCCCGACGCUGAUUACUCUCUCGAUUCUCGGAAUACUCGGUGCUGUGAUAUCUUGUUAUAACCCAUUAUACAAUCAAUUUAUCUUAACCAUUAUCAUUUUCGCCACCCACUGUUUGAUGCUUUUCGGAGCUGUGAACUACAACGAGUUUGCUCUGAAACUCAGCCAACAUAUAUUCUUGCUGAUUCUGGUGACUGGAAUUGUUGUGACGUGCGUUCUACCAGUUACAUUAUCAUGCUAUAUUGCAUCCGGAUUGGGCGAUACUCAUGACAUUAUGAGUUAUACUUAUACGGCUGAGGAAUUCGCCGGAGGAACGAAAGACGUCAAAAUUCGGUUCAAAAAUGCACUGAUUGCAGGACUUGCAACAGAAUUUUUCUUAAUUUGUGGGUCUGCUCUGAACUUCAUUCAAUUCGUUAUGAUCAGACGUCUGAAGGAAUAUGUUAUUACAAAGAAUCAAAACAAAGAUGACUCUCCAUUGGUUUUUUGA